AUGAGUCUAGCAUCAGAAAGCGAUAGCGACUAUGUGGAUGAGUCUGAAUGGCAAAAUGAAACACGGCUGUGUGGAGUGGUACUUCGGGAGGUAUUCCCCUGGCUUAGCGGAGCAGAUUUGGCGCGCGCCGGUGCCACUUGUCGCGCUUGGCGUCGCGCCGCCUGCGACCCACCGCUGUGGCGUCAGCUGCUGCUGAGAGACGGAUAUUUACCCAAUCUGCUCCAGAAACCGCCUCCUGACAUGGAAACGGUCUCGUGGAGAGAAGAAUAUGUAACGGCCUGCGCAGGCUGGAAAUUAGAGAAGCAGCAUGUCGUCGCCGCUGGCGGAGUGUCGCUGUUGCAUGCCGCACUUGCUCCUAGUCACGACACACUCGCGCUCUCUACUGACGACGCGUCACUCAUAGUGUGGCGGUGCGAGCACGGCGAGUGGUGUGAGUUGUGGCGUUCGGAAUUGCGCUCACGUGGCUGGGCCAGCUUGGCGCGCGUGCUCUGGGCCCGUAUAGGGAAUCGCCUUUUGCUGACCGGCCCUCGAGUACUCAUCGAUGACUGGGAGCUGAUGGUGCUCCAAUUGGACGAGGACUACAGAGGAGGAUGCGUGUUGAGCCGCGUGCGUUGCAGUGCCGGCGCCGCCGGUUGCUGGGCCGAUGCGGGCGACACUUUCUUAUCGUUGGAGCUGAGAGUCCUAGCUCCUGGAAUCGCUUGCACCACGGUCUGGUUGAACGCUGCCACUCAGGAAACGCAGUCGGAGUACGCCGGCGUGAGGUCGCCACUGUUGAGGAUCUUCAACGAGGGCGGCGCGCAUAUCACGCACGCUCUCGUGGCUAAUACGGAGCCGGACGGUCGGCGAACCUUGAUAACGGGUUCGGCACGCGGGUUGGGCGCGUGGCCCGUGGUCGAGCCGCGCCCGCAGCCUCUGCUGGCUGGAGCGCCGGGCGAGCUGGCGGAGCGCGUACAACGCCGCCGAGCGCGGCGCGGCUCGCCCGAGGAGCCCGCGCCUGCGCCCGACGAGGCCAGCGUGCGCGCCGCUUGCGCCCCGCCGGACCGAGAGUGUCCCCUGGCCGCGCCUCUCAUCGGGCUUGUAUUGCACGACAGCGGGCGCUGGGUGUGCGCGGUGUGUAGCGACGGCAGCGUGACUUUCGUUUGUACCCGCACACUGGCGAUACUGAGAGAGUGCCGCGCGCCAGCGGCGGGGGCCGGACCCGCCGCCGCCGCCGCGUUUGGCCCGCAGCACUACGUUCAGCCCGCAGUGUCGGCUUACUACGCAGCGAGUCCAGCAGGCGGGUACUCGCCGCGGGUGUGGACGUGGUCGCUGCGUAGCGGCGCGCGGCAGUGCGUGGGGUGUGCGGGGGGUGGUGCGGGUGGUGCGGGGGGUGGUGCGGGGCAGCGCGGCGCCGCCGUGUGCGCGCUGCUCCCGCGCGCGCCCGCCGCCCGCGCCGCGCUGCUCACGCUGGCGGCCGACACGCUCUAUGUGUGGCGGAGUCGCGCGACGCUUCAGUCGCCCCCCGGGGGAGACUCGUGCUGCAGCACUGAGCCCGGGCCGUAG